AUGUCAUUGUUACACUCACACUCGUGUGAGUGCAUGAAAUCGGAACUGGAUCUCUUUUCCUUACCUCCAACACAAACAUCUAUAGAGGGCUCUCAAUGGGUACACUGUAAGCCAGUUUCAUCUCUCACAGAUGACUCACUAAUUGAGUUUGUAGUUCCAGGUCAGGGGGAUGAGUACAUUGAUCUUGCACAUACACUUCUAAGUGUAAGAGAAAAAUUAAUCACUCCUGAAGAAACUGUAGAAAACACUUCUAGUGUAGAAUCCGCUGGUCCUAUCAACAAUUUACUGCAUUCCAUGUUUAACCAGUUAGAUGUAGAUUUUAACCAGAAGCGUAUCUCGUCACUAUGCAAUGCAUAUGUAUACAGAGCGUAUAUUGAAUCUCUGCUCGGCUAA